UCUGCAAGUCCUGCGAGAGUCAGCAACCCAGAAGUACUAUCUAAGCUGCCACAGUAAAUCUUGACCUUUCAAACAGAGUAUCUCUUACCAUCAUCAUGGCUGAGAUAACAGCAGAAGGACCCAUGUCUACAACCACGACGAUAAUAGAUGGUAAGAACGGCUCCGUUCCUUCGUCAUCCAUGAAAGUGGGCAAGAAGUCAGUGACAGAAGACUUUGUGAACACGUUCAGCUCUCCAGCAGCAUGGCUUCUUGUUGUUGCUCUGAUUGUUACCUGGUCAGCAGUAGCUAUUGUCAUGUUUGACUUGGUGGAUUACAAAGACUUAGCAGGAAGAUCUGUUCACAAGCUCAGCACAGAACCACUGAGAAUCAUUCAUGAGACACUGGAAGAGUCUUCUGAUUGGAUUUAUGGCUUUUUUUCUUUACUGUCUGACAUCGUAUGGAGUGAUGAUGAUGAGAGUGAUGAAGGUGAAGUGGAACCUUCUCUGAGAAAAGAAAUUCAAAAACAGAAAGCAGAGAGACCUGAAAAACGAACACCAACGAAGGCAACACACAGAGACAAACCUGAAAAACAAGAAAAAAUUGAGAGGAAGGAACCCCCAAAGGUGACAAGUAAAGACAAACUGGAAAGACAAGAAAAACCUGAAAAAAAGGAAAGGCAUGCAGCUGUUCACAAAGAGAAACCUGAAAAGCCAGAAAAACAAGAAAAGAAAGCACCAUCUAAAGUAACUCAAAAAGAUGCACCUGAAAGACAUGAAAAAGCUGAAAAGAAACCUCCUCCCAAAGAGGAGAAGAAAGUAAAGAGCACUAAAGUGGAAGCAAAAGUUAAAAAGGAAGUGAAGGAUGGAAAAGGAGAAGCAAAGGCAACGACAGAGAAGGUCAAGCAGGCAGAGACAAAAACAACAGAAACUGGGCUAAUAAAGGCCAAAACGAAAGUUAAGGAGGAGAAAGCUCUUCAGACUGUAACUAAAUCGGACAAGAAAGAUCAAUAUGCAUUCUGUCGCUAUGUGAUUGACAUGUUUGCACAAGGGGAUUUUUAUCCAGGUGCAGGACAUAAGGAAUUUGCACCACCUCGUCUUCUUCUGGAACACAGUCCAAGAAAGAAACCAGCAGCUAUUGAAGAAGAAAAGUCUGCUGUGGUACCUAGAGAAGUGAAAAAGAGAAAAGAGGAGAAGAAAAAGAGUGAUGAAAAGAAGACUACGACUGAAACUAAGGUGAAAGAAAAAACAGGAAAAAAGGAGAAAGCUCAUGAGAAGACAGCUGUCCCUGAAAUUAAAAAAGCAGAUAAAAAAGAAGCUGCUGUAUCCAAAGAACUCAAAAAGCCAGCAAAAGCUCCUGCAGCCAACCCAGCCAUCAAAAAAGCAGCAGCACCAGAUCCACACAAAAAAGAAAAAACAAUGGACUAUGGCAAAACAACAAAGAAAGAAUCAAAAGUACAUGCAUCUGUGGAAACUCCAAAGUCAAAAGCAGGACUUGAGAAAAAAGAAGGAAAAGCAACAAAGGCAGCAGUGCAAGAUAAACCAAAGAUGAAACAAGGAAAUCCUGGAAAAGAUAAAGAAUUGAAAUCACCAGCUGCUACAAAAGAUAAAGAACGUGCUAAAGAAAAGGAAGGGAAGAAUCCUACAUCUUUAAAAGUAAUUGCAGGUCCUUCUAACGUGACAAAGGAGGCUAGACUUUCUCCGCCCAACCUUCAGAAAAGAGCAGAUUCCCUGAAAGUAAAAAAUCCCAAGAAUCCAGAAAGCAUAAGAGAAAAAGAGACCGGAAAAAGAAAAGAUGUGAAGCCUCCAACAGCCUUAAAGGAAAAAGACUCUUCAAAACGAAAAGAAAUUAAGGCUUCAACUAAUCCUAAGGAAAAAGCUGCAGUGAAAAAGGAGGGGGAGAAGAAAGCUACCUCAGAGAACCCGCACGAACACAAGCAUGAACGUGUCAAACAUGAAAAAGCUGUCUCUCAGACUAAGCCAGAGGAGAAAAUGAAACAACAAAAAACAACUCCUACUGAGAAGUCAGCCCAGGCAAAGCCAGCAAAGCAUGAAGCAGUCAGACAUGAAAAAGAUGUUCCCCUUACAAAACCAGUCAAACCGAAAAACACUGCAAAGCCAACAGCUGAAAUCCCAACAUCAGCCACAAAAAAACCAAAGACAAUUAAGGAAAAAGAAGAAAAAACCACUGCGAAGAAACAGCUGAAAGAUGAAAAACCUAAAGUAAAAGAAGAUCCACGACAUCAAAACCUGACAUCAGCUCCUGUCCGCUACUUUCAAUGUGUCUUCCUAAAUGGACCUAAUGGAUUUGGGCUGCAAUUUCCUAUUAAUUCCCCUUCAAACAAGGAAGAAAAGACUCACUCAAAGACUUCCAAGAGAAAGACAAGGAAACCGGGGCAGUAGAGAGACUGAGUCCUGUGAUCACUGACAUUUUGCACUUUAUCUUUUCUGCUGAGGUCCACAGUAGCUACAGUGGUACUUGUCAUUGCAGGAACGUGAUCCACUUGCACGCGUGUACCUGGAACUGUUUCCAUGGGGCAGCGGCAGAACAAGCAGUAAUGAACGGUGUUAAACAAAGAUAGAAAUGAAAAAGCGCCCAGUUUCUCAUGGGAAGGCUGCAAUGCUAACAAGGCAUUGAUGUGACUGUGUGUGUGAGCAUGUGCGUGUGUUUUCAUGCCUCUUUCGCUCUUGUUUUCCUUUACCUACAUGCUCAGCAUUGAAGUGAGUCUGUUUUCCAUUUAAUCUUAUCUAAGGAGUGAAAGGUUGAAUGUAGCUCUUAUAUCAGCGAGAUUGCAAGACUAGCUGCAAUCCUAAACCAUUUCUUCUUAAUGUUCAAUCAAAUUGCUGACAGGAAAAUGCCUCACUAAGUCAUGAAAAUGUGCUCUGUGACUGGUGCUAUUUUUAUGUCUCAUUGACCAGUGUAGCCUGAAGCUCACACUUACUUGGAGCAGCUCAAUACACUAUCAGUAAGUUGACUCCACAAGUCAUGUUAAUGAUGAAUAUUUCUAUUUACUCUGAAACUUAAAUGGACUGUUUGCCCUGCCUAUUGGUGAAAUACAAGCUCUUCCCUUCCUAAGACCCUAAGUGAGAAGAGAAAGUGAAACCACAUGGCAAAGGUUAGGAAAACCACUGUUUUACCGACAUGGAGGUUUGGAGAAACAAAUGAAGUAAUUAUAGUGCUUCCACUUUUCUUCUGUGGCUAAAUCAGAUUGUUUUGCAGCAAAAGCCAUGUAAAUGGACAAUAUAACAGCCAACAAUUUGCUAUUAGCUUAAGCCAGAUGAAAAGCUAGGAUGUGAGAUGCCAUUCACAAAACUAAAGCAACCCAAAUUUGCAGUAAUUAUGUGAAUUUUAUGCUGUCUCAGAUCAGUGAACAAAAACAAAAACCAAAACCAACCCAUA